AUGGAGGGGCACACCGAACCGAAGGCGGACCUGAGUCCAGUGAGGCCCAGUAAGGCCGAAUCUGAGCUGGCAGAUGAGGCCAGCUCGGUGCCGACGGUUGAGGAGGAGAAGAUGGAGCGCAAUCUGAUUCGGAGAAUGGACUUGUAUAUCCUUCCAUUUGUGGUGCUGUUGUAUUUGUUUUCUUUCCUGGACAGAGUGAACAUUGGAAAUGCAAGGCUAUACGGUCUGGAAGAAGACUUAGGUCUGGUUGGAGAUCAAUACCAAAUCGCCGUGUCGAUUCUGUUUGUCACCUAUUGUUUCUUUGAGGUGCCUUCCAACUUGGUCAUCAAGAAAUUGAGACCAUCUCGAUACAUUGCAGCCAUCUCCGUGCUGUGGGGUAUCAUCGCAACCCUCACGGGCAUUUGCCAAAGCUACGGCGGCCUCCUUGCCUGCCGUAUUCUUCUGGGUGUCGUCGAGGCCGGCCUCUUCCCAGGACUCAUGACCUACCUCACCCUCUUCUACAGUAAACGAGAGAUCGCCCUACGAACAGGCUAUCUGUUCAGCAGUGCUGCCAUUGCGGGUGCCUUUGGCGGUCUACUCGCCUACGGUAUUGGCUUUAUGGAUGGCAUCAGUGGGCUACGGGGCUGGCGCUGGAUUAUGAUUCUUGAAGGAAUACCCACUGUCAUUUUGGGCGUUGCGACCUGGUUCUUCCUGGCAGAUGACCCCGACACGGCAUAUUAUCUAAACGAAGAAGAGCGGGCACUUGUCGUCCGUCGACGGAGUCGCUACGUGGGUCAAACAGCGUCCGCUCAAAAGUUCCACUGGGCGGAUGUCAAAGAGGGCGCGCUCGAUUGGAAGAUCUAUGCCUUUUGCAUUGGCCAGUUUGGCGUGGACACCAUGCUCUACGGCUAUAGCACGUUCCUGCCCACCAUUAUCAAAGGAAUGGGUAAAUGGUCCACGCCCGAGGUCCAGGCAUUGACCAUCCCAUGCUACGGACUCGGUGCCAUCGUCUAUCUCGGAGUGGCAUGGCUCAGCGAUCGGACUCAGCACCGCGCCUUCUUCAUCUGUCUCUUCAGUGCUAUCUCCGUCGUCGGAUACGGAAUUCUCAUCUCAGAUUCUUCAUCGGGAGUACACUACUUCGGCGCCUUACUCGUCGCACUGGGUCUCUACGUCACGGUUGGCCUCCCACUAGCAUGGCUACCUACAAACCUCCCCCGAUACGGCAAACGCACCUUUGCCACAGGUCUGCAGCUCACGUUCGGCAAUAUUAGCGGCGUCAUGUCUCCGUUCUUGUAUAAGAACUCGGAGGGCCCGCGAUUUGUGCGUGGUAAUGCGGUUACUCUGGCGUUGGUGGGCUUCGCUGGUGUGUUGUAUGGCGUGAUGUGGUUCUGUCUGCGUGUGAUCAACAAGCGUCGCGCACGUGGUCUUGAAGAUGAGAAAAUUGCCUCUUUGUCUGAGGCGGAAAUUCAAGAGCUCGGUGAUCGGAAUCCUCGAUUCAGGUAUAGUACUUGA